CCGACUGAACGUUCUGGACGUCCGCUCCAGCCGCGCGAUUUUACGCAGGCGGCGUCGUGACGUCACGACACGUCUGGUGGCCUUCCGUAUUUGGGUCACGUGGGUAGUCAAACCAACGGCGGCGCUGAGCUGAGGUGCUGUCUUGUGGCCUCUCGACCGCGGCGGUGCCCAGGAGCAUGAUGACUGACGGCCCACCGGAGAACGUGGUCCAGGACCAAGUUAGGUCACUGCUGGAGAACGAAAAGAUCAGACUCUGGGAGCCCCCUUAUACAACUGAAAAUAAAGAUGCCACACCAGAACUGAAAGUUUUGGCUGAGAAAUAUGCAUUGCAGUUGUGCACUGACGUAAGGAAUGUGGAAAGUGUUCUUGAAGGUUUGAGAUGUAAUUCACUGCAAGGCCUCAGUGCAAAAAAGACAUUUGAAGACACAGGACUUGCAACAAUACGUAUCAAUUACACUAGUGAUGGAAAGAGAAAAGAAAAAACAAAGCUGACAACUAAACUGAACACUUCAGCUGGUGACCUAAGAGCUGAAAUUGCAAAAUUGACAGGAAUGAAUGAAGGACAUGUAAAACUUAUCAUGAACUCUAAAGUUCUUAAAAUGGAUCGAUCUCUCGCUGAACAGAAUGUGAAAAAUAAUUCACUAAUUAUGGUUAUGCAAAUAACUGUCACUGAGGAAGAAGCAAAAGAGCAGGAGAUGAUUUUCCAAGAGGAGAUGAAAGAACAGGAUGAGCGGAAAGCCAAAAUAUCCAGGACCAGGAAGGGUGCUGAAAUUUUGGCACAACACGGCGAGAACAGUAAUGUUCCAUAUCUAGAAAUUGCAGAUCAGAAAGGACGGCCCAUCCCUAUUCCAGCUGUGGAGAAAAAGGCACUUUUGUUAGCCAUGACAUUACAUGAAAAAGGCAGAGCCUUUAUGAAGAAGAGAGAUUAUGCAUCAGCACUGUUAUAUCUGUUGGAUGCUGAUGAAGAAUUUGGAAAGUGUAGGUCUGAGCUCCUGAACACCGUAGAUAACCAUGCAGUUCUACAACUGGAAAUCGUGUGGUGUUUUCUUCAGCUGGAACAGCUUGAUUGUCUUCGUGAUGCAGAGGAGAGACUAAGACGGGCCCAAACCUGCUUGAAUAACUGCUAUGGAGAGAAUCUGGAGCGACUCUAUAACCUGAAGGGCAGCACUGCCAAUGAGCAGGUGCUGUACUUGCGGCUGAAGCUUCUUCAGGGCGUGGUGUUGUAUCACAAAGGAAAACUGCAUCAAGCAAGGAAUCAUCUGAAUGAGGCAGAAGUAUUAUUGGCAAAGCUUUCUGUGGAUGAUAGAAAGGUAGUACAACUCAUGAGUCUUGGAUUCACACCUCAGGAGGCACGGUUAGGUUUACGAGCAUGUGACGAUGACAUUAACUUGGCUGCGUCGCAUAUCUACCAGAGGAGAGAGGAGAAAGCUGAAAUAAGGAGAAAAGAGAGAGCAGAAAGAAAAAGAAGAAAACAAGAAGCUAUAAAUUCCUUGGUGGCUAUGGGCUAUUCAGAAAAAGCUGCUGCCAAAGCAUUUCGAUCAGCCAGCAAUAACUUGGAACGUGCAAUGGAGAUACUUAAGUAUAGCCCAGAGCCUGUCUACGAAGAGAAUGAAGCUGGACCAAGUAAUCGUGUCCAAAUCUCUGAUGAAACUAUUAAUCAGGUGGCGUUCUUGGGUUUCGAUCACUCUGCUGCGGAGAUUGCCCUGAGGAGAUUUAAUGGCGAUAUUGAACGUGCUGUUCAGGCAUUGAUAGAUCACGGUGGUUACCUUCCUUCAAGUCUGCUUAAUUCACCCCCCUCGUCGUCAUCAUCACCAGAGGAUAUGGGGGUUGAAGAACCGUCAGAGGAAAAACGAAAAGAACGUGAGAUUGUGGAGGAGGUUUUGGCAGAUAUCCCGGAACAUGAAGAAGACUACCUUGAUGUGACCCUGGAGGAGGAAAGGGAGGUCAUUAUCAAGUACAAUACUUGGCUGCAAGGUUCACAGCAAUCUACCUCGUAAUUGGCGAGCAUCAAAGCAACCAGUGCUGGACCUUGGUCCCUGAAUUGUGCCUCAUGCCUUUUACAAAAAUCUGCCUUUUUGGGGUGAUUCAUCAACUUCAGUUUUUAACUUUGCCAAUGAUUGACAGCCAAAAUGAUUUUUGUACAAAAUACUGAAGCCCUUUGGUGUCCUUUAAUCAAAUAUGCUUUUUUGAAGAAUUAUUAGUGAAAAUGACAAUUUGCUCUUGUACCUUUUGCAGUAAGUGCAGACAUUUGCUUUGGCAGCAAUGAUCCUUUCCAGAUUUGGUGCUGAUGUGCAAAACAGAUGUUGGUUUGGCUACCAUUUGUACUUUGGCAAACAAAUUGCCAUUCAUUUGGCUUCUCUUGGCUUUUGGUUUAACGUAUACUUAAAUGUAAACUCGUCAAGAUUAAUGACAUGGAGCAACUAACUAAUGCUUUGUCCAUUUGGAUUUUUCCAGUCAAAUGGUGAAAUACCACCAUAAAAGAUGCUAAAUUGCAACCAGAUUGAGUUUUUUGACAGCACAGCAUUAAUUGCAACACAAGCGUAGAAAAUAGAUACGGAUCAGUAUUAAAAGUCAUUUUCCUGGCAUGUAAUGCUCUGGUUUCAUGCACCAGUCAGUGUUAAGUUUGACUCUGUAUAGCAGCCUACAAAUGGAGAAUGGUGUUUUUCAAAUUAAGUAUUUGCAAUAAAUGCUAUCCAAAUCAGACAUCAUGCAGAAAACAGACCACAUGUAUAUGCAAGGGUUAUCCAUGCCUUGUACUGAAGCUUUACCUGAGUUUACCUGCAAGACAAAGUAAUCACUCCCAGACUGAGUAGGAGCACCUGUACUUGUUCAAGUAGAAUUUUCCCAUACACAACGAGGCUUACAUGUAUCACUUGCUCUCCACAGUAGGCCGAUCACGAUUGCUGUCCCAAAGGCUGUCAUUGAAAUUUUCUGGUAUAGUCCCUGUCAUGGCCUUCAGGGCUAAACUCAGUAAUUUGCUCUGGAAAAGAUGGUUGUGUCCUUGCAUAUUAUAAAGAAAACCAUGCUGCGGGCACUGAUUUCUGGGGUUGUUUUGUAUUCAGGUGGCAGAACCAUAACAGUUGAUUAAAUAUAAUUGGGGUACAGAUCUUGAAAGGUGCUGCUGCAAAUUGAUGGAUGUUUAAAAACUUAAAGUAGAAAUUUUCUUCAAAUUCAGCAGAAGUAUUUAAAUAGAAAUUGUAUGCAAUCUUAUUUUUGAACAAAAUGUAUUUUGUAUUACUGGAAUGCAAUUUGUGUACAAUGUCAAAUUUUCAGCAAUAACUCCAAGAUGAUUUUAUAGAGAAAUGCUUUGUAGCACUUAACUGUUCUGGAUUGAACUGUAAAACCCAGUUGAUUUAACCUCUUUCACUACCCACGUUCUCAAGUGCUGCUUGUGAAAUAAUGACACAGGCAGGCAUUUUGGGAGUUCUUGGCUGUGGUAUCCCAUCCAUUCAUCUGUAAAAAAUCCAUUACUGUUUGUUUCAAACUCUCUUCAAAUGACCAGGUUUUGAAUUUACCUGCCUCACUAUAUUUGUCACUCUUUCUUCAUUGUUUAUUUCCCCAAGUCCAUUUCUGGUUGUACUUUUAACUGUCAGGUUUGAUCCAUCUCCUUUCUACUUUUCUGUUUUAUUAACUUUUUGUUAGUGACAACAAUCUUGUUUUUCUUAAAUUAAAUAUUAAUCUUUUGCCUUUAUUCUUAAAAAUCCAAUUUCUUGUUCAUUAGCUUUUUGAGUUUAAAAUAAAUAAAAUAUGCUGAGAAGUGAAUGUUUGGAUUGUUU